GUGAGAGAUAGGAUGGUAGCUGGGGAGGCGAGUAUGCGCAGCCCAAUUCUGGCCUGCUGGCAGCCGAUUCUCCUCCUGAUGCUGGGAUCCAUCCUGUCCGGCUCCGCCACGGGCUGCCCGCCGCGCUGCGAGUGCUCUGCCCAGGAGCGCGCUGUCCUGUGCCACCGGAAGCGGUUCAUGGUCGUGCCGGAGGGGAUCCCGACCGAGACCAGGCUGCUGGACUUGGGCAAGAACCGCAUCAAGACGCUCAACCAGGAUGAAUUUGCCAACUACCCUCACUUGGAGGAGCUGGAGCUAAAUGAGAACAUUAUCAGUGCCAUUGAACCUGGGGCUUUCAACAACCUCUUCAACCUCAGGACUCUGGGGCUCAGGAGUAACAGACUCAAGCUGAUCCCCUUGGGGGUGUUUACCGGACUCAGCAACCUUACCAAGCUAGACAUUAGUGAGAACAAAAUAGUGAUCCUCCUAGACUACAUGUUCCAGGACUUGUACAACCUAAAGUCUUUGGAGGUGGGGGACAACGACCUUGUCUAUAUCUCCCACCGGGCCUUCAGUGGCCUGAACAGCCUGGAGCAGCUGACCUUGGAGAAAUGCAACCUGACCUCCAUCCCCACAGAGGCCCUGUCUCACCUUCACGGCUUGAUCGUGCUGCGGCUGCGCCACCUGAACAUCAACACCAUCCGGGAUUACUCGUUCAAGAGGCUAUACCGGCUCAAGGUCCUCGAGAUCUCACACUGGCCCUACCUGGAUACUAUGACGUCCAACUGCCUCUACGGGUUGAACCUGACCUCCUUGUCCAUCACCCACUGCAACCUGACAUCCAUCCCGUAUGUGUCAGUGAGGCACUUGGUUUACCUCCGGUUCCUGAACCUGUCCUACAACCCCAUUGUCACCAUCGAGGGCUCCAUGCUCCAUGACCUGCUGAGGCUGCAGGAGAUCCAGCUGGUGGGAGGGCAGCUCACCACGGUCGAGCCCUUCGCCUUCCGCGGCCUCAAUUACCUGCGCAUCCUGAACGUGUCGGGGAAUUUGCUGACCACCCUGGAGGAGUCGGCCUUCCACUCGGUGGGCAACCUGGAGACGCUCAUCCUCGACAACAACCCCUUGGCCUGCGACUGUCGGCUGCUCUGGGUUUUCCGACGGCGAUGGAGGUUGAACUUCAACAAGCAGCAGCCCACCUGCUCCACCCCCGAGUUCGUCCAGGGCAAGGAGUUCAAAGACUUUCCCGAUGUCCUCCUGCCCAACUACUUCACGUGCCGCCGAGCACGGAUACGGGACCGCAAACCUCAGCAGAUCUUUGUGGACGAAGGCCACACAGUCCAUUUUGUCUGCCGGGCAGAUGGGGACCCGCCCCCCACCAUCAUGUGGCUCUCUCCCCGGAAGCACCUCAUCUCUACCAAAACCAAUGGGCGGCUCACUGUCUUCCCUGAUGGCACGCUGGAGGUGCGCUACGCCCAGAUCCAGGACAACGGCACCUACCUAUGCAUCGCCAGCAAUGCGGGUGGCAACGACACCAUGCUGGCCCACCUGCACGUGCGCAGCUACUCCCCGGACUGGCCCCACCAGCCCAACAAGACCUUCGCGUUCAUCUCCAACCAGCCCAAUGAGAGCGAUGCCAACAGCACGCGUGCCACCGUGCCUUUCCCCUUUGACAUCAAGACUCUCAUCAUCGCCACCACCAUGGGCUUCAUUUCCUUCCUGGGCGUCGUGCUCUUCUGUCUGGUGCUUCUCUUCCUGUGGAGCCGGGGGAAAGGCAACACCAAGCACAACAUCGAAAUCGAGUACGUGCCACGCAAGUCCGAUGCAGGCAUCAGCUCUGCCGAUGCGCCGCGCAAGUUCAACAUGAAAAUGAUUUAACGAGGCAACAAUUUGCAGAUAAUAAUGGUGGUUUGUUUGGGGUUUUUUUUAAAAAAAAAGAACAAAUAGACAAAUUAAAAAAAUAAUUAAAAAACAAACAUUGCUACAAACAUACCGACCUCUCUCCUUCCACCACAUCCUCCACCCCUGUCCAAGCCCACUGCACCCGCACUGUCACCACCUCUUUCUCCUCCUCUUCUUCUUUAUACCAGGAAAACAUUCAGCCCAUGUCUUCAGGACUCCUGUGUUUGUAAGGACUUUGUCUGAUGGACUCUGGUGUCAGAUAUAACUCUCAGAGGGGAAAAAACAACGUGGGGGGUGGGGGGAGAAGAAAGAAAAAGGAAAUAAAAAUCAAUAAAAAGUUACGAACUUUCUUCUGUAACUUUGAUUUCAAUAAUUAUGGAUUUUUAUGAAAACUUGAAAUAAUAAAAAAACCCUAUUUCCUAUAGAUAGUUGGAAUGCAAAA